CUCCAACUCAGACUUACAUCCAUCCAUCCAUACAUACCUCCGUCCUGCAGCCUGCAGCCUGUCAAUCUGUCAACCUGUUAACCUGCCACCCAAAUACCCCACACUUUCAACACUAAACCAAUUGAUCGAAACCACAACCGGAGCUCAUGAUUAUUCAACCCCAAUUCCCCGCCCCCUCGACCGAUAAUCAAACAAAAGAAAAUGUCAACACAGCGCCCAAUUCUUCGUCUUACCAACAUCUUCUCACACCUCAAACCAUUUUCCCGGCGCUACACCUCGACAUCCCCUCCUCCGCCUCCUCCUCCAGCACCGAAAAAUCUCCGCGCUCGUCUCCAGAAAUUCAACGACCGACUGCCGCCGUUCAUGCGCGCCUACACCACCCCGCUCCUCGGAGCCCCCGCGACGCACGUCACCUCGUUCCUGAUCCUCCACGAGUUCACCGCCAUCGUGCCUAUUGUCGGCCUAAUGGCGGCCUUCCACUACGGGAACUGGUUGCCGGAUCUGACGGCGAGUGAGUCCUUUCAGAUGGCUACGCAGCGGUUUCAGCGGUGGUUACGGAAGAAAGGUUGGGCGGAUGCGGAUACGGAGGUGGAUUUCGCCUCCCUACAGGAAGGAGAGGAGGAAGGGCCCUUGACGGAACGGGCGGUCGCAGGGAGCGAUACCCAGAUGGCAGGAGUGCGCUUGGUGCUAGAGUAUGCGACGGCUUAUACCGUGGUCAAGUUCCUCCUGCCCCUCCGGAUUGCGGCGAGCGUUUGGGCCACGCCGUGGUUUGCCAGAGUGGUUUUCGGCCCCCUGAGGAACAGGGCUAGGGCCAUUUUUGGGAAGAAGUAGAGGCCGUGACCUGGUAUUGCUGGCACUACUGGGCGGGAAAUUGUACAGAGUAUGUAAGU